AUGGAAAAGAAGAUGAAGCAGAAAAUUCAUCAUACAGAACUUUUUCUUGUAGACAAUGAGUUUUCAUUUAUGCAUUAUUCUUCUCAAGGCACAGCUAACAUAAGAUAUCGGAGAUGGCUAAAUCUCAAUUUAGCUGCGCAACCUUCUUUGCCCUGCUCAUCUGCUUCCUCCUCCUCGUACCCAAUAAGAUGCCAAUGGCUGAAGCUAAAUUUUGCAAGAGGCCUGCCGAGCACUAUUCAGGGACAUGUUACCCUAACCGGUGCUACAGUUAUUGCAAAUCUAAAGAACAUGCUUACUCCGGAGAAUGUAUUUGGACUGGCCAGGGUCAUCAACGUCAUUAUGCUUGCUACUGUGUCUACAAUUGUUGAAAGCCUACUAUUUGCUACAAUUUGCACCGUACUUUGUAAUGAAAUAAAGGCCAACAAUUCACUAGAAUUGCGUAUGUGCCGCCAAUAGUUGUUGUUCCUAUGUCAGUCAGUUGCCAAUAACGUACGGUCAUGUCUGUGUUAUCAUUGAAACAUCACUGCUCAGUGAUUAUUUAAUCAGUAUUCAUGUGUUUCUGUUACCAUCUGUCUUGUAUUCAUUUAAAUAUAAAUGGACUACCU